AACGCUGUAGAUUGCAAGAAGUUCUUCGUGAGGAUUCAUUUGAGCACAUCAGAACAAACGGAUUCCACACAUAUAAAGCACGCUUUUCCAUUGUCAUUGAAGCGUUACGCCCCUUCUCCUGCACCAGGGCCCCAACAGAGCCCCCUACUGGGUGGGCUCCCAGGGAGCUUUUUACUGAUCGGACAGCAAGCUGCAUGCUUGCGGCUGGCUCAGCUGAAAACCCACCUUGCGUUGACACAGAUAAAUAACGCUAUUGCUGUUGAUGGUCGAACCAACACACCUGCCCCAUUUAUACCCACAACACCCCCCUGCCCGACAGCUGCAGCCAUCAGUCUACUGAACCUUCUGAAGGUUGCUAACACCAUGUCCCAUCCCUCAUAUAACCCCUAUGCCUCUGGGAAUCAAAGUUCAGCCCAGGGGCGCUAUGGACAGUCCAGUAUGCAGGCAGAGAGAGACUCUCAUAAGACAUCUCCUCAUCUUGGGCCUGGGUCCAGUUUUAGCUCUUCUGGAGUUUCAUCUGCGACUCCUGCAAAAUCUGGGGGAAUAAUGAGCUACAGGCCAGAAGGGAGUAAGACUUCAAUGGAAGAGGACAUAAAGAGGUCCAUAGACAUGCAUAUAAGCAGAGCCAGAGAGGAGGUGAGAAAUCAGCCUGUAGACAAGAGCAGUCAUUUUACUCAAAGACAUGAGUAUGAUUCUUCAGGCAAAGAUGUGACUUCCUACAUGUUGUCCUCAAACUCUCAAAGACCUCCUGAUGUUGCAAGUAGCACUAGCUCCAUGGACUGGUUGCCAAGCUACAAACGGAAAACUGAGGAUGAUUCGUCUAAAUACUGUUCAUCAUCUGCUUCAUUGAGCUAUCUAAGCACUGGUGACGGUAGGUUUAAUGCCUCGAAUGAAAGAGAGCACAAUGUGCAAUCCAUUCCAGGCUUAGGUGAUUAUGACUACCCAGUGCCAGGCAAACCUGUGGGUUCUGCAGAGUCUACUCGUCCCAAGUACACUUCAGAAACAGCUGUGAACAUCCUUAUGCAGUUUGGACUUGAAAAAGAGGACCUGGAACAUCUGAUCUCAUAUCCCGAAGAUCAGAUGACUCCUGACAACCUGCCUUUUAUCUUACGACAAAUCCGCAUGGAAAAGGCAAAGAGAUCUGCCACAGCAGAUCCAUCAAAAUCCUACUAUGAUCCUCAUUCCACCACAAGUAUGAGUGGAAGGGAAAGGUUGAGUACUUCAAGAGGGGAAGGGAUGCAUCAGGAUGAAUUGUCACCUAUUGUCCAACCAAGUAAAGUGAUUGAUUAUGGACAUACUGGAAAAUAUACUGGGAGCUUUGGGGAUGAAAUUGGAAGGAGCAACAGUGGAGCUAGUAGUGGUGGAAGUGGAGGUACGCUGCUGAUGGGCUCCUAUGAUAGUAGCGGUCACAGUCGAGAACCACUGCAAAAAAGUAUGACAGAGGUGAAAAACAGCACCUUGGUUUCUUCCCGUGAUCAAGGCAGCUCUUUUACCAGUCAUGGCUCAAUGCGAAGCAGCGAUCCAGCUCAACAACUGCACACCCAACCGAACCAGUCAUCUCAAGAAAUCUUCAAAGGUUUCUCUCUGCCAAAGACAGACACAGACAUAAGACCUCUUAAAGCAGAAGUCACUAAAGCCCUUCCGUUGAAAAAUCCAGAGCCAGAUCGCCAUUCAGCAUCAAAAAGCCAACUAACUCCUAAUAUAGUUCGUAGUGUGCAUCCAAGCCGACCUGGCCUUGUACUCAUUGGCAGCAGCAGCAGCGACAGUCACAUCAAAGAAAAGAGUAAGACUCACGGGCAAGUAUCAAAUGUUUCUGAGCAGAUGAAAAAACAGCAAAUGCAGCAGAAGCAGGUACAACAGCAACAGGUGAAACAGACAAUGCAACAACCACCACCAAAGCAGCAGCAGCAGACGCAACAACUGAAGCAGCAGCAGACGCAACAGCAACAACUGAAGCAGAUGCAACAACUGAAGCAGCAGCAGACGCAACAGCAACAACUGAAGCAGACACGCAACAGCAACAACUGA